AUGUAUGAUGAAUAUGGAUACCAAAGGACCGGGAAAAAAUGCCGGGAAAAAUUCGAAAACCUAUACAAAUACUACAAAAAGACGAAAGGCGGCAAGUCAGGCCGGCAAGACGGGAAACACUACCGGUUUUUCCGGCAGCUCGAAGCCCUCUACGGUGAUCAGUCGAGUAACAACAACAACAACAACAAUUCUUCGACUUCGGUUUCGAACCAAACCCAUUUCGCGAAUUUCACGUACGAUUACUCGAAAUCCGUGAACCCGUUCACCAACAUUUGCAACAACAACAACAAUCAAGAAUCGUUUGCGAGCCUCGUGAGCUUCUCGAACUCAUCCGAUUUCGACACGAUCGUCACUUCGGAGGACGAGAGCGCGGAGCUCGACCUUCUCGAAAUCCACGCCAAGAAUAACCCUAAUAAUAAGAAGAAAAAGUUUAAGGAGAAUAGUUUCAAGGCCGAGAUCAAGGACUCGAUCGACUUCCAGAUGAAGAAAAUCGUGGAGAAACAAGAGGCGUGGAUGGAGAAAAUGACGAGGACUAUCGACAGAAACGAGAAAGAACGGAUUUCGAGGGAGGAGCAAUGGAGGAAACAAGAUGCCGAGAGAGUCGAGAGGGAGCAACGAAUGUGGGCCGGUGAAAAAGCAUGGAUAUUGGCCCGGGACACGGCCCUAAUCGAAGCUUUCGGGAAAUUGGCGGGAAAAGAAUCGAGGGUUUCGCGCCAAGAGGAGGAAAUAAUGGUCGAGAGUCAAAACGAGGGCCUAAAGGUCGAUUGGGACGGACACGUGUCGUCGUGGGAUUGGUCGGGCGAUUGCUUUUCAAAGUGUGGUAAGAAAAGAAUGGGUCCGGUCGUUGAAGGACAAGGGUAUGAACGUGGUGUGAACUCGUCUCGUGAUGAAUUCUCGUACUUUAGUGGGAGAAACGCCCGCCUCGACAUUCUUGCGCUCUGUUCGCAAAUUGUUUUGACGCCUCAAAGUUCUUUCCCUAUAACAGGAGUCUUUAGAUUUGCAAACGGAUUCGUGUGGCAUGAUUUGCUAGAGGACGACUCAUCGUCUUGGCGGAUGGCAACAACUCCGUCCUCAAAGGUUCGAAGCUCCCGACCGCAUACGAGCAGCAACUCUUUCCAACUACAGUCUACGUGGUGUCCGACAAGGUGGCGAAUGAUGAGGUCAGAGCAAGUCUCGUCAAAACAAAAAAAUACGGCAUCCUCUAAACCACAUGAAAGUGCCACAAAUGUUCAACCAAUGGUGCAGGCUAAUCUUCCCACCUUAGCUCCAAUGUCAUAUUCACAGGAGUUAUUUAUACCCUCUUUUGUUCCUAACUGGGGAACUAAUGUGCUGGCAACAUAUGAGGGGGACAAAACGUCGAAGUCGUCAAUGGUUAACCAACAUCCAUACCUAGACUAG